CUCGAGGCCAGCGUCGGGGGUUUCCUCUCAUUUCCGGAUCGGUCAUGUGACCGUACGGCGGCACCAUGGCGGAAGCAGAAGAGCAGGAAACUGGGUCUCUUGAAGAAUCUACCGAUGAGUCUGAGGAAGAAGAGAGUGAAGAGGAACCCAAACUGAAGUAUGAAAGGCUUUCCAAUGGGGUAACUGAAAUUCUUCAGAAGGAUGCAGCUAGCUGCAUGACAGUCCAUGAUAAGUUUUUGGCACUGGGCACACAUUAUGGCAAGGUUUAUUUACUUGAUGUCCAGGGAAACAUCACUCAGAAGUUUGAUGUAAGUCCUGUGAAGAUAAAUCAGAUUAGCCUGGAUGAAAGCGGAGAGCACAUGGGCGUGUGUUCAGAGGAUGGCAAGGUUCAAGUAUUUGGAUUAUAUUCUGGAGAAGAAUUUCAUGAGACUUUUGACUGUCCUAUUAAAAUCAUUGCUGUACACCCACAUUUUGUGAGAUCCAGUUGCAAGCAGUUUGUGACUGGAGGGAAGAAGUUGCUGCUCUUUGAACGGUCCUGGAUGAACAGAUGGAAGUCUUCGGUUCUGCAUGAAGGGGAAGGGAACAUACGGAGUGUGAAAUGGAGAGGCCAUCUGAUCGCUUGGGCCAAUAAUAUGGGUGUGAAGAUUUUUGACAUUACCUCAAAACAAAGAAUCACCAAUGUGCCCCGGGAUGAUAUAAGUCUUCGCCCAGAUAUGUAUCCCUGCAGCCUCUGCUGGAAGGACAAUGUGACACUGAUUAUUGGCUGGGGGACUUCUGUUAAGAUAUGCUCAGUGAAGGAACGGCAUGCCAGUGAAAUGAGGGAUUUGCCAAGUCGAUAUGUUGAAAUAGUGUCUCAGUUUGAAACUGAAUUCCACAUCAGUGGACUCGCCCCUCUCUGUGAUCAGCUUGUUGUACUUUCCUACGUAAAAGAGGUUUCAGAAAAAACGGAAAGAGAAUAUUGUGCCAGACCUAGAUUGGAUAUCAUCCAGCCACUUUCUGAGACUUGUGAAGAGAUCUCUUCUGAUGCUUUGACAGUCAGAGGUUUUCAGGAGAAUGAAUGUAGAGAUUAUCAUUUAGAAUACUCUGAAGGGGAAUCACUCUUCUACAUCGUGAGUCCAAGAGAUGUUGUAGUAGCCAAGGAACGAGACCAAGAUGAUCACAUCGACUGGCUCCUUGAAAAGAAGAAAUAUGAAGAAGCUUUGAUGGCAGCUGAAAUUAGCCAAAGGAACAUAAAAAGACAUAAGAUUCUGGAUAUCGGCUUGGCAUAUAUAAAUCACUUGGUGGAGAGAGGAGAAUAUGACAUAGCAGCACGCAAAUGCCAGAAAAUCCUUGGGAAAAAUGCAGCCCUCUGGGAAUACGAAGUUUAUAAAUUUAAAGAAAUUGGACAGCUUAAGGCUGUUAGUCCUUAUUUGCCAAGAGGAGAUCCAGUUCUGAAGCCACUCAUAUAUGAAAUGGUCUUACAUGAGUUUUUGGAAAGUGAUUAUGAGGGUUUUGCUACACUGAUCCGAGAAUGGCCUGGAGAUCUGUACAACAAUUCAGUAAUAGUUCAAGCAGUUCGAGACCACCUGAAGAAAGAUAGUCAGAACAAGACUUUACUCAAAACCCUGGCUGAAUUGUAUACCUAUGACAAAAACUAUGGCAAUGCUCUGGAAAUAUACUUAACAUUAAGACAUAAAGACGUUUUCCAACUGAUACACAAGCAUAAUCUUUUCAGUUCAAUCAAGGAUAAAAUAGUUUUAUUAAUGGAUUUUGAUUCAGAGAAAGCUGUUGACAUGCUUUUGGACAAUGAAGAUAAAAUUUCAAUUAAAAAGGUAGUGGAAGAAUUAGAAGACAGACCGGAGUUACAGCAUGUGUAUUUGCAUAAACUCUUCAAGAGAGACCAUCAUAAAGGGCAGCGCUACCAUGAAAAACAGAUCAGUCUUUAUGCUGAGUAUGAUCGACCAAACUUACUACCUUUUCUCCGAGAUAGUACCCAUUGCCCACUUGAAAAGGCUCUUGAGAUCUGUCAGCAGAGAAAUUUUGUAGAAGAGACAGUGUAUCUUCUAAGCAGGAUGGGCAAUAGCCGAAGUGCCCUGAAGAUGAUUAUGGAGGAGUUGCAUGAUGUUGAUAAAGCAAUUGAAUUUGCCAAGGAGCAAGAUGAUGGAGAACUCUGGGAAGAUCUAAUUUUAUAUUCCAUUGACAAACCACCAUUUAUUACUGGCUUAUUGAACAAUAUUGGCACCCAUGUUGAUCCAAUUCUGCUGAUUCACCGUAUUAAGGAAGGAAUGGAGAUUCCCAAUCUGAGAGAUUCCUUAGUUAAAAUAUUGCAAGACUACAAUUUGCAAAUUCUGCUUCGUGAAGGCUGCAAGAAGAUUCUCGUAGCCGACUCCUUGUCCUUACUGAAGAAAAUGCACCGAACUCAAAUGAAAGGUGUUCUGGUUGAUGAGGAGAAUAUCUGUGAGUCGUGUCUUUCCCCCAUCCUUCCUACUGAUGCAGCAAAGCCCUUCAGUGUGGUAGUCUUCCAUUGCCGGCACAUGUUCCACAAAGAGUGCUUGCCUGUCCCUAGCAUGAACUCUCCUACACAAUACUGCAACAUCUGCAGCGCAAAGAACCGUGGACCAGGAAGUGCAAUUUUGGAGAUGAAAAAAUAGCACAGCUCUGCUUGUCAGUCUCUUCUUGCUGCUCUUUUUAAUACUGUUCUUGAAACAAGUGUGUGUUAGCACCAGUGAUGAUGAGAUUUAUUUAUGUGUAUAACAGUUUCUACAUCCAUGCCCGUCUUCUAGAGAUUUUUCUUUGUAGUUGAUAAAGAAGUUGGGUUCAUAGUCAUUAUUUCGUCAUUUGUUUGGCUCAUUGUUUAACAAUGAAAAUGUAAGUCUCAAAGGUAGAAAUGAAUGUUUUAGAACGUAGUAAUACUGUUCAACCAUAAAGUGGACUACUGAGAAUUGCCCCAGCUAUCAGAGAACAUUGUCAACUGUGAUUAUCCAGCAAACUCCUACCCACAACUUGGACCUCGUUUCCACAUGCUUUGCUGGCAACAGUUACUGCAUUCUAGGGUUGGCUUUCUUUAUGUCAUCAACUGUAGUUAUUGUCCUAAUAAGCGUUUAAUGAAACAUUGUGCAAACUGUCAUUCAUUCAUUGACAUCUGGGAAUAUCAUCAGCAGGCUAAUGUCCUGCAGCUUUAUGUUAACUAAUCACAUGUUCUGUGUGUUCUUACAACUAUUAGAGUAUCUGGCUCUUUCAGUCACUCAGCAUUUGUUGACUGAAUAAAUGUUACGUGUUUUUCAUUGUGAAAGA